GACACAACACCGGGAUUUCUGAGUGCACUGGAAGGCACCACAGGUCCAUCCUCUCUCCCCAUCAGCAGUCCGGUCAACAUUUCUCCUGGAACACUUCGGGGAACUUCACCGACUCUCUGCACUUCAACACACCGACAUGGAUGCCCUCAAGUCUGCUGGAAGAGCUAUUAUCCGGAGCCCAAGUAUGGCGAAACAGUCGUGGACUGCCAGCAAACACAGAAAGCUCCCAGAGAACUGGACAGACACGCGGGAGACCAUCUUAGAGGGCAUGACCUUUAAUCUUCGACAUCUUGGCAUGACACUGGUGGACCAACCCAAAGGAGAGGAGCUGUCAGCAGCUGCUGUAAAGAGGAUUGUUGCCACGGCUAAAGCCAGUGGGAAGAAACCUCAGAAGGUCACUCUUAAGGUUUCUCCUCAAGGAAUUGUCCUACAUGACAGCUCAACAAAUAAACUCCUGGAAAACGUGUCCAUAUACAGGAUAUCCUACUGCACGGUGGAUAAACUACACGAUAAAGUCUUUGCUUAUAUCGCACAAAACACCCUGAAUGGAACCCUGGAGUGCAACGCCUACCUCUGCUCAAAGAGGAAAGUGGCUCAGGCUGUGGCGCUAACAGUAGCCCAGGCCUUCACAGUAGCUUUCGAGCUCUGGCAGGUGUCCAAAGAAGAGAAAGGGAAGAGAGCAAAGUCUGGGUCCGCUGGAGAGGCUAGCAGCAGUUCUCAUUCAGAGAGAUCGAACAGCUUUGGGAGUUUGAAAGGGACAGAUGUGGCUACAGAUAUGUUGUUGGAUUUGGAGAAGAGUGUGAAUGUGGCAGUGGAGACCAAUGGAAACAUCGGAGAGGAUCAGCUGGAUAACCACAGACAGACCUCCGAGUCCAACAACAAUCCUGCCUGGAAAAUAGAAGAUGGUUUGGAUGAAGCCUUCUCCAGACUGGCAGUGUCACGUACUAACCCCCAGGUCCUGGACAUUGGGGUGACCCCCCAAGAUUGGCUCAUUGAACCAGACUGGGAUGGCACCAAUGGAAACACUCCCAACACUGUCAGCCCAUUUGAGGAUGACUUCUUGGGCUUCUGACCAGAGUCAACGACUAAGAGGGGGAGGGGUGGUGGUGUCUUCCUAUGAAUUAACCAGAUAUCAGUGUGUAUUUAAGAUGAGUUUACUGUACAUCUGCAAGGGAAUGAAGGGUUGUGAGCUAUGAGAUGAAGUUUGCCCUCUCCACCUUGUUGUACUCUUCACAUGAGCAGUUCUUCCUCUUUCUUUGUGGAAACAGCACAGGCCGCUGCCCCUGUGCACCAAAGCAAUAACAGCCUUUAAUGUUACCCCAUCUCCUCCCAUAUUACACUGCACAGCGUUACUACUAACUUAUGUUCUUCUGUCAGCACUUGUUCUCCUUUGUUUACUUUGUUUUCUUGUUUCUCUUGUU